AUGGCCCCUUUUGGAAGAGGCGACGUGAAACAACAGAAAGCGACACCCACAACGACUUUCUACCCCGCCAAAACGCGUCCAGUCAAUCAUUCCUCCCAGAGCAAACGCGUCCCAACGAGUCCCGUCAAGUCUCAAGCACGCCCCAGCGUCGCUCGCACACCGAAGACGGCAUAUGCUAGAGAUCUGGAGAACGAGAAGAAGGAGCAGCCAUCGCAUCAAGAUGAUCAGGCGAUGAUGGACAGCCUUCUGGCAGGGCUCGACGCGUCGGUGUUUGACGACUGGGGCGAGAAUUCGCAACCUUCGCCGAAGAAGCCUCGUCUUCCACAAGGCUCCUCCUUCUGUUCGCCUCGGAAAGAGAAACGCCCAAGGCCAUCCAAUGUCAGAAUCGAGCCCGUGCCACCUACCAAGCGGGCCAAAGCCCUGUCACCGAGAAAGGUUGUUGUUGAGCAAAAGCCCUCCGUGGGUACAGGUCCACGAGGGUCUUUGGGGGAGACUGUGGCGCAGAUUGUAUCCCGAAAAUCGGCAUUUGCGCCUACAGUCGUCAAGCGAGAGGCUCCGACAUCGCCCAUCAGGGCCGAGCGCACACCAGAGGUGAAGGUUGAAGUAGACAUCCCCCAAAGCCACAAGCCCGUCAACGCUGUCAAAUCUCCCAAACAGGUCGAAAAGGUCAAGCCGGAGAUCGAGGAUGAGGAUAUGUUUGAAUUCGAGUUUGGCCUGGAAGACUUGGACUUUGAUGAACAGGAGCUAUUGGCUCGCCCACCUCCCGUCAAGUACCCGGUAGCUCACCCCAACGUACCGCCUGCUCCUCCGGGAUACGAGCCAACUGAGUGGAUCAGGUGCACAGUCGAUGCCUGCUUGGAGGGACACUUAUUUGAGGACGGCAUCAUUCCUUCUCCUGCAGAAGUCGAACGGCUUCCUCUUGCCGAUGACUGUGCGGCCAAGACUCUCAUCGUGAGCAUCGCUCGAGGUAAAGGCAAACGGGUAGUGCAUCUGAAGGACAGAUGGGCCGACACACUUGUCAAAAAGGAUGAUAUCGUCAACAUUGUCUCCCCUUGUCUAUCUACUCCCUCUACAACUCCCAUCGCCAUUACCUUCCGCGACCCCUCCACCUUCCUUAUACACCACCCCGAUCUCAUGCUCACCAUGACUUCCAUCGCCAACGCCAUGCCCUGCCCGCGCAAGCCUAUCCUCCAGACCCUUAUCAAAACCCCCGCUCCUCCCACAAAGCCACUCCUCUAUGGUACCGUGUUGCAUCAACUUCUGCAAGACGCUCUUCUGGAGCAAGAAUUUGGAGCGGUGGAGACUUUCCGAAGGCUGGACAAGGAGUUGAAGAAAGAGGAAAGACGGCUGGAAGUUUGGGGGACUGGUAUGGGUAUACAAGAUGUGAGGGAAGAAGUUGGCCAGAAGGCGGGAAGGGGCUUUGAGAUCUUUAAAGAAAACUGGGUUGGCCCUGAGCCAAGAGCACAAGGCGAACUCCACUCCAGUGCUGGGGAUCAACCCUCUCUACUCGCACUCACAGGCCUUCACGAAGUCGAAGAAGACAUUUGGUGCCCCAAAUGGGGUCUCAAGGGUAAAGUCGACGCUUCCGUGCAAGUCAAGAUCGCGAAAGAGCCCUCCAAGGGCAGUGAAGCAGAAGAGAAUGUGGCGCCUUUGGAGAUCAAGACGGGAAGGAGUGUGGGCGUGAUGGCACAUAGAGCGCAGACGAUGUUGUAUACGCUGCUGAUGGAGGAUCGGUAUCGCGUCCCUGUCACGGCCGGACUGUUGUACUACUCUCAGUCCGACACCAUUCUUCGUGUGGAAGCAAAGCCUAUGGAGAUUCGGGCUCUGAUCAUGGCUCGAAACGAACUUGCGUUCUGGUUAUCGAAGCAACGCAAAGUGCCCAAGCACAUCUCUGAAGAGGAUCAGCCUGUGGAGAUCUUAAGGGGCGGGGUGGUGAAGAAGGAAAUCAAAGCAGGGCAGAAGGUGGUUGUGGAAGAGGCUGAAAUGGAAGAAGCGUUUCUGCCGGCCACAAUCGACAACCCGAGGGAGUGUAAGAUGUGCUAUGCGAACGAGGCCUGUAUGCUUUACCGCCGGGUCAAUGACCAGAUGCCUUAUGAGGAUGACGACCCCAUCGCCGAGCAGUAUCGCGACAUGACAAGCCACAUGACAGACAAGCACGCUCAGUUCUACAAAAAGUGGGACACCCUCUUGACCGUCGAGGAGCAAGACACGAUCAGAUUCCGAUCCCACCUGUGGACAAUGACCGCAAAGCGGCGGGAGAAGAACGGAAGGUGUUUCAGCGACAUGAUUAUUCAAUCUUACUCGAACGACAUUGGUAAAUCUCUCGCGAAGAUCCACCGACACAGCUAUACCUUCACCCGUGCCCCCUCCACCGACCCAUCAUCUGACGAACCCGUAUCUCUACUCUCUGGUCAUAUUGCCAAAGGUGAUCCUGUCUCCCUCUCAAUCGAGCCGGAUCUGCUCUGCAUGUGGCGUGGAUUUGUGACAGACUUGACACAGACAAGCGUCACAGUCGCCGUGACAUAUGUCAUCGACACUCAGGCUCUGCUCAAGAGGACAGGCAGGGAGCACAGAGUGCUGAAAGCUGACAAUGGGGAAGGGGAGGACAAGGUGAUGUUCAGGAUCGACAAGGACGAGAUGUCGAGUGGCAUGAUGAGAAUGCGAAACAAUCUCGCGCAGCUCUUCUACAAGAAUGGCGAUGAGCAACGUAGGAGGUUGAUUGUCGACCAAGAGGCGCCCGAGUUUGAGCCAUCCUGGGGGCCAACUCCAGAGGAGAUUCCGGCAUCGCUUAAUACCGAUCAGCAGCAGGCAAUGGAGUCUGUCCUGACUGCACGGGACUACUCGCUCAUACUCGGUAUGCCUGGUACGGGCAAAACGACGACAAUCACAGAAAUCAUCAAAGCUCUCGUGGCAAGGGGAAAGAGUGUGUUGUUGACGAGUUACACACACUCGGCAGUAGACACGAUCUUGAUGAAGUUGGUCAACGCCGAGUUCGGGGUGUUGAGGCUGGGUAACAUCGACAAGGUACAUCCUGAUGUGCAACAUAUGACGUUGGAAGCGUACGAGUCUUCGGCUAGCAUGGACCAGCUGGACGCCCGUUUAAUGAAACCUCCAGUCGUCGCUGCCACUUGCCUUGCCAUCGACCACCCUCUUUUCUUCCGCCGGAAGUUUGAUUACUGCAUCGUCGACGAAGCCUCCCAGAUCACUCUACCCACCUGCAUUGGGCCGCUUCGUAUGGCAGACAAAUUUGUCCUCGUUGGUGACCAUUACCAACUUCCCCCCAUCGUCCGUCAUCCCGAAGCUCGCCGGGGAGGGCUCGAUGUCUCACUCUUUCGACAUCUGUCCUCUGCCCAUCCACAAGCCGUCGUCGAUCUGUCCUACCAGUAUAGGAUGAACGAAGACAUCAUGGCAUUGUCAAACAAGCUGGUCUACGAAGGGCGGCUGAAGUGCGGCAAUGAGGUGAUCGCGCAGAGCGGUCUCAAGCUGAGGAAUCGAAAGACCUGCAAAGAGAUCUACGGGGCCGACAAAUGUAGCUGUAUUGACGGCGACUGUUGGGUCCAAGAGCUACUGGAUGAGAGUGCCAAGUGUGUCUUUAUGGACACCGACGGGCUGCCCACUUUGGACUCUAGAGUGGGAGACUUGAUUCAAAAUGAAGUCGAGGCUGAGCUUGUCUCGCAGUUUUCCACAGCAUUGGUGGCUUCUGGGAUCCGACAAGAAGACCUCGCCGUCAUCACUCCAUACCGACAGCAGAUCAAACUCCUUUCGUCGUAUCUGACCCCGCUCCCCCGGGUCGAGAUCUUGACUGCCGACAAGUCACAAGGCAGAGACAAGGAUUGCAUCCUAGUCUCACUCGUUCGUUCCAACGACACUGGUGCUAUUGGCGAUCUUCUCCGGGAUUGGCGCCGAAUCAAUGUCUCUUUCACCAGAGCCAAGAAGAAGCUCGUGAUCAUUGGCAGCGCCCGUACACUCGGCCUCGAUCCGCUCUUCGGAGAGUUCAUGGAACUUGUAAGAGGGAAGGGUUGGGAGAAGAGGCUGAAAAAAGGGGAUGACAAGCUGCAUGUCGUUGAUGUGCCUGGUCUGAGGCAGAAGAAGAACAGCGGGACGUUGAAGAAGGAGGUGAAGAAAGAAAAGGGGGCAAGGGAGACACAGAAAGAGAAGAGAGUUCUUGGUGCUGGCAAGGCUAUCUUGAAUGGAAAGGGACCGUUCGCGAAAGAGAUAAUGGUAGGUUCUUCUCCUUGA